GCCGGGCUCUAACGCUAUUGUCGCCGCCGGCUGGGGGGCGCGUCCUGGCCAAUUUAGUGUUGCGAGCGCCGAGGGCGCGGGCUGCCACGUGCCCGCGCAGGGGCUCAGCCUUUCUCCUCAGCGCUGAGUGACCUGUGCUGUAAUCAUUGGGACGGGCAGAAGAAAUCUCUGCUCUCCUUUCUCCCCGGCUUCGUGUGGCACAAAAAAGUUUGCAGUUUGCCAGGUUGACAAGAAGGUAAAAGAGCCAAAGGACAGCUCUGCUUCGAGUUUGCCAGCUUCCCAUUUGUCGCUGAUCUGCUUUCCGAGGUUUGAGUGGUGCUGGCCAGCUCUGAUGCAAGACGCCCGUGGUGGUGUAAUCCUUGUCAGCCCGGACCUGCCCGGUCACCUUGAGGAAGAUGACGCCUGGUCCUCCUGCUCCGUGCAGCAGCAGCAGUCACUGGACAGCCAGCGUCUCCUGGUUGCACAUCGCAAGCCUGGCCGUGCUGUGGAUUCAGAAGGUCCCUCCUUGGCUGCACCGCUGAACAAACUGAAACUAAUACAGUCCAGCCUGGAAGAAGACCCUGAAGAUGUUCAGAUGGAAUUUAUAAAAUACUUCAAAAGCGUUGUCAACUUGCUAAAUGAAAGCAGAGCUAGGGAAGAGGUGUCAAUUAUCACAUAAUGCUGAAAGAAAGAAUGAAGAGAGAGAGACCGAGCGAGUACUGUUUGCAGUUUGAGAUCUGUCCUAGCCAAGAAAUAACUCUAGAACUUAUCUUGUUAAGGAGAGUUUGCCAGUGGAUAAACGCUAUAAGGAUAGUUUGAGAGUGAUUUUCCCCAAAAGAAAAUAGAUGCACAGCUUAAGACUCCUCAAGAGACUGAAGGCUGAAUUCAGAUGAACUGUUAUCCAAAAGAUUUGGCUGUAAAUCCAGGAAUGCAAGUAACUUUAGCUGUCCCCUGACCAGGUGUGUUACUGGAUAAAGUUCAAGAAGGUGUCUUCUAAUAUGUCUUUGUGGACCCAGCUAAUUAACUAUAUAUUUAGUUUGUGAAAACAUUAAGGAAUUGACUAGUUCUUAAUUGACUCACUUAAGAAGUUUCUCAUCCUUUUCCAGAAAAAGCUAAAUGAAUGGGCCAGGCAGAACAAAAGUUUUAGGAAUCUGUGUUUAAGCACUUGGGUAAUGUGUCUAUGGCAGCUGUGCUGUUACCUGGAGAAAAUAUGCUUUUGGAUGUCAGUAGAAACUGGUUGGAACUGAGAUGUGAGCAUUAAGUCUCUGGUGAAAUCUAUAUAUUAAUGUCCCCAAAUCUCCUCACCUUUCUCCAGCAUCUGAAGAGCAUAUCAUUUUACAGGCUUGUGUUCUGGCAAGAUAGACUAAACUGCAACCUUUAUUCUAGCAAGCCUUUCCAUCCACUUCAACAAAACUCCCAUAUUUACUCAGCAGCAGUAUGGAGCCGGUACUGCUGUUCCAGCCCUGUAGCAGUAGUGGCAGAGAUCUGCUGCUGCUGCUCUGGGGCCAGGCUAGAAUAGCAGUGUCAGCUCCACACUGCUGGCAUGGGGCAGGCUGGAGCCAUGCUUCAUGCCCUGGGCUACAGCAGGGACAGAAGCUGGUUCAGAGCACAGAUCAGGGUGGAGGGCUGAGGGGCAGGCAGGGGGAGAGAGACUUCAGAAGGGGGAGAGAUGGGAGGAGGUGGGGCAGGGACCUGAGGCUAUGAGUGAUAAAAGUGUUAUGGAGGGGGGAACAGGGAAAGCGGGAAUUGGGACAACCUGAGGCUGUGGCGGAGGGGCUGGUGUGGUGGGGGGAGGGGGAUGGGCAGCAGAGGAUAUGCUGCCUGCCUCCGUCACUGUCUGCCCCCUAUCACCUGCCCCCUACUGCCUCUCCCACUGUCUGUUCUCAAACACCUGCCCCACUACUGCCUCCUCAUCACUUUUCUUCCCCACCACCUGUAGUAGCGGGGAGGGAGACAUUUAAGAUGAUCCUCCAAUAAUUAGAUUCCACACAUGGAAAAUUAUAAUAAACUUAUACAUUUUCUGUGUGUAGAAUCUUAUUAUUGGGGGGGGGGGGGGGGCAUCUUGUAUUUGAGUAAGUCUGGUAGGCUUGUUGUUGGUGACAAUGCUUAGGUGCCUCUCUGGGAGGGAAAAAAUUUUGAAUCCCAUUCCAGCUAGAUAAUUUUGCCCUAACACAGAGACUAUGAAAGGGAAAACGUCUUGCAUUCUCUGGGUAAGGGAAAGAUGUUUUUAAAAUGUAUUUUAUUGUCCUCUGCUAUAUUGAAAUUAUUGGUUUCUUGGGGACCUCAUUGUUUGAUUUGUUUUGGUUACACUCAGGCUCCCUCUGUUUGGUGUGUUGUGAAAGACAGCCAUCUUUUUCCUAUGAUAUGUACCACAAACUCAAUUAAAACUUUUUUUUUUAAAUGCA